AUGUCUCACUCCCGUCUAUGGAACAAUGCAACGAUCCAUACGGGCGUAUUUGCUCGCAAUGAAUUGGGCUACUACUUACUGCCUGAGUUUGAGGAUGAUGAAUUGUUCUCGGAAUCCCGCACGAAGCUGAAGCUAUUUCUGACGGCGUACUGGGAUUCAAUGUGCUCUAUCCCAAACCAGCGCUCCACGAUCCCGUGGGCCGACAUCUACCGUUCUCCCACCUCAUUCUUUGUCGAUUUAGUCAUCCCCGCUAGCUGGCCAUCCAUGGAUCGUAUCGAAAACAUGAAGUGCUCGAGUAUGAUCGAGCUUGCGGACCGGAUUCGGCUAGUGCAGCAAUCCGAGCGGCCUAACAUCUUCCGAGCCAAAGCAGACAUUAUCCGAAUACUUCGUAGUUCACCGUCAGAAGUAGUCGCACCGAAAACACCAAACAUGGGAGUAACUAUCAUUGAUGUGGAUGCGCUCCCCUCGACACCGUCACCUCCGCAGAUGGAUUCAUCGGGCGAGUUGACGUCAAUCGCCCCCGAAUUCCCUUUGGCGUUGAUCAGGACAUCAGCCAUCGAAUCGUCCAUGCUUCCACUUGCCGCCGACGUCCUUGUAGAUAUCAUCGAACCCCCACGCGCUUCAGGGCCGUCAAACACCCCUCACAGUAGUGCCAAGCGCAAGUCCACUUUAUUUGCAGAUAACGCAGGCGCUGCGGCCUUCCCCGACGGAACACGGAGCCCAAAGAAACCAAGGCUCUCAAGGGCGUCCAACGGUAUCACUUCUAAUACGACGCCCAAGUCAUAA